AUGGUUAAAACUACGUCUUCAACCUCAGCUAGCAUCAAUAACCGAAGUCUUCUCGUGAACAAAACGCUUUCACAGGUACAUCUAGAGAGCGAGGACGAACAGCAAACAAUUACUGUUGCAAUUACCCUUCUUCUCCUAAUUUCAUUUCUAGGAUCGAUUGCGAAUUUCCUUGUUUUGAAAGCGAUAUUCAGCCAGAAAAGACGAAAGCUGCACGAGUAUCUCAUGUUGAACCUAGUUGCCACUGAUGCAGGGACAUGUCUCGUGGGUAUUCCGCUCGAUGUCGCAGAGCAGGUGAUUGGCAAAUUUCCUUACGGAGUUGCUCUUUGUCAUGUUAUUUACCCGUUUCAGUCCGCGCUAGUCUAUUCAUCCGUUAUGACACUGUUAUUCAUGUGCGUAGAACGCUAUAGAUUGAUUGUAACACCGCUGAAGCCAAGAUUACGCGUAAAAACUGGAUUAACAAUCAUUGCAGCGAUAUGGCUGUUAUCGUGCCUCAUGGUCCUUCCUCUAUCUCUUGCCCUGAGGCUCAAAGGAUCUUAUUGCAUCGAGGAAUGGCCGAACGCUUACAGUGGAAAAGUGUUUACCCUCACUAUCUUUACUCUACUUUACCUAAUACCACUGGUUAUCAUGACCUUCCUCUACGCUUUUAUGAUCGAUGUAUUAACCAAGGACACUGCGUCUUUAAAACGGCGGUGGAAAAGAAAAAGCAGGACGAUUUCCCAGGAAUCGGUCUAUGUGCGAAUGGAGAGAAACUUCACAAUUGUCAAAGUGUUUGUCAUUGCUGUAGUCGUGUUUGCAGUGUGCAUGUUACCAACACAUAUUACUUGGCUGUGGCACGAUUUUGGAAGCGGUUCUGAAAGACCCGAGUUAUUUGGUAACGUGGCAACGUUUAGCAACAUUCUUAUGUAUGCUAAUUCUGUUUUCAACCCCGUUAUUUUUGGAUCCAUGAUGAUCGAUGCUAAAACACUUGUAAAACUUUGCAGAAGUUUGCUUUGCUGCCGUUGCGGACGAAAUAAUAGAGACCCCAAGCAAGUUUUUGCUCUUAAAGUUCGCUCUCCUUCGAUGUCAGCUCAGUUGCAAAGGGGAUCAUUCUGUUUGUCGCUGUCUAAAGCUUCGGAGAUCUUCAACAGUGGAAAUAAUGAAACAGUCAGAGCGACGAAAAUAACUGUAAAGAACACCGAUCAAUGGUAA